AUGUCUAUGAAAAGCAAUAAAGGAGGAGCAGAAAGUAGACCGUCCUCUGCUACCAGCUCUAAGUCAAAGUCCCCCACGGCCCAGGGGAAGGGCUCUGAAGAAGUCGAGGCUCGCCGGAACAGCAAGAGGAGCAGCCACAGCUCAGCGGUGGCCGCUGCCUACAUCUCCUACCUCAAUAAACUCUUUGGACAGGAGCGAGAUUUGAUGCCAGGGGAGUUGGAUGAGCUGCAGGAGGCCUUUAAGGAAUUUGACUACGACGCGGAUGGUUUCAUCCAUUACAAAGACAUCGCAGACUGCAUGAGGACCAUGGGCUACAUGCCUACAGAGAUGGAGCUGAUCGAGAUCAUCCAGCAAAUCAAGAUGAGAUGGGGUGGUCACGUAGACUUCGACGAUUUCUGCCAGUUAAUGGGGCCGAGGAUGCUGGCUGAGACGGCUAACAUGGUCGGGCUGAAGGAGCUCCGCUGUGCCUUCAAACAGUUUGACUGUGAUGGCGAUGGAAAGAUCACGUUGGAUGAGCUGAAAGAGGGCAUGAAGACCCUCCUGGGGGAGAAGCUGAAGAAAGGUGAGCUUGAGGAAAUCCUCGCCGACAUUGACCUCAACAAAGAUGGCAACAUCGACUUUGAUGAGUUUGUUAUGAUGCUGUCUGCGCUGUGA